GAUCCUAGUUUGUUUUUAUAUCGAACCACUAUUUCUCAAGCUUUUCAUUGACGAGUCGGCUGAUUAGGGCCGCAAUUGCCAAAGAAAUUACCUCAGAGAAUACAUACAUGUAGUGGUCAUGACCCCUCAUGUUUCUUGAACAAGUCAUGCGUGUUGAAAACGCACGUGGGGUUUGUUUACAUUCUUGGCAUAGUUGUGUGCCAUUGUUGUGUUGUGACCAAGGUGCAAAAAGUGCGCAGUGGUGACUAGCCAUUAUCUAUUGUCAUUAUUGUCAGGUGUCACAAUGUGUUUACUCACGUGGCACACAGGAACAAUGGUUCGCGGGCCACUUUGCCAUAGAGCCCGACGCACGUGUGUCUGUUUACAUUUUGGCACAGCGACCCCACGUUAACCACAAAAGAUGACUCAAAGUUGGAAAGGGGUGUGAAGUAAAAUUUGUUUGAAUCAAUCAAGAUGUCUUCUUCCCGAGAUGAGAUGCAAAUCCAGGAACUUGAGGAGAUUAUCCUUGAAGUUCCUGAACAGGUUAUCGGUGUUUUUGAAGAUCUGAUCUUGGCCAAGCAGAUGAGGGCACAGGAGGGGACAAUCAAGCAACUCUGCACUAUUCAUGACAGAGUCAAAGCUGCGCUUGCUCAUUUUGGUGUCAACACCAACAUCCAUGCAACCCAAUCUGAGGUAAUUGAGGAAGAGAUGCGAAGGCGUCGACCUCCGGGAUUUCAAACUAAGGCCAGAAGAGAAGAGAUGCUACACAAGCAGAACAUCUUGGAUACUGUUCAUGAAUUCAUCCAGGUCUCCAUCCGACGAGAAACUCUCGUUGAUGAGGUUGGAGACUGGCUGUUUGAUGUGCAGACAACACUGCUUAGUUAG